CCUGAGCGGUUUAUAUCGGGAAAUGAUUUUAACUUGAAACUCCGACCGAAUUUGGACGCGACUUGGCGAAAUCGGUUUGUGCUCUUGACCAUUAAAACGCGGGCAUGUCCGUGCACCCGCCUGCGUCACCAUUUUCACAACUUCUUCGUCGUUCGCAGUUUGCAUCUUUUGACCCGUCAAUACGACAGACGUACUUGUCACCGGCGCCCCACGCUAAUCGUGGCGAUUGGGGUCUCAAACGUCCCAUCCCUAUUCGACGCAGAAAUGCUUACAUCACCUUAGCAGCACCCUACGAGGCGCGUCAGCAGUUCACGGAAUGGACUCGUGGAGAAUCGCAAGUGCGGUUUAUCCGCCGCUUCGAAGAGAUGGAUACCUUGCCUAGGAUGGCGCCUUCGUCGUCGUGGGCCCAGAAUCAGAGCUCGAAGACCCUGACUGAGUGGAUGGUGGAUUCCGAGUUUGGGACCAUGGAAGAACGGCCGGAAGCUACGGAGGGAUGGACGAAGAAGGAAAAGUCGGAGAAGGCGAGGGAUUUCUCCAAGACGCCAUUCGACGAGGACCUGGCUGGUCUAGGACGCAGAGGGCCAGGCGCAUACGGAGCCAACGCAAAGCCAGAGCAAUUAACGAACUUCAGUCCAAAUUUCAUGGCCAUGACUCCAAAGGAAUUCGAAGCGAUACCUCAAAAAGCUACGCGCCCUGCGUCCCGCUUUCGUCGAGUUCGUCGAGAACGCCAAGCAGCAGGAUGAACGUCUCAAAAAUAAAACUCUUUACGAGCUUGCGCAGAAGGGUGAGGCGCCCCGGCCGAACAACGUGAACGUCGCUACGGUACCCCUUCCUUCGCUAUCCGUGAAGUACCAGCCCGAAUUUGCACCGGAGGUUCAUCGAAGCAAUCACCCACUGACGAGUUCACAGAUCGCGAUGCUCGUAAAAUCGAGCCGCAGCCACAUCCUAACGGAGGCUUACUCUACGCCCAUCCCACCCAGCUC